CACAUCCUGCUGGUUUUAUUGCCGAUUGGGUGAAAGGCUUGUAUCAACCACAAUGGGUGAUUAGUAGCCUAAUUAGUCAGUCAUAUAGAUGUAACAAUAACGUUUUCAGUGCGAUUUUGUAAUGGAAACUAAGUGGUUUGUUUAUUUUGCUACAAUAAACUGUUUCUCCAUGCAUACAACCAAGGGAACAUUUUGGUCGGCCAACAGCCAUUCAACAGCCAUUCAUGUUUACAAUUAUAGGAUAGAGGUUAAAUCUGCAGCGUUACCAAACACGCCCAAAGAAGCUUGGUGCGGUCAAACAUUGUCAAAGAAAAUAGUUUAUAUUUCAGGUGAUAAUGUCUCGAGUUCUUAUAGUUGGUGCAGGUUUGACAGGCAGUUUAUGCGCUUGUCUUCUGCGAAGAGAAAUGCCAAACAAAGUUAUUGUUGUCUGGGAUAAAUCGCGAGGAGCAGGAGGAAGGAUGUCCACCAGCAGAAGUCCGUCUGAUGCCUCCUGUAUAGUUGAUCUUGGUGCACAGUACAUUACUGCCACGACAUACUAUGCCAAAAUGCAUCAAAACUUCUAUGAAGAGCUGCUGGCCCAUGGUGUUCUGAAGCCCCUGGUUUCCUCUGUGGAAGGGGAGGUGAUGAAGGAUGGAGGCCAUAAAAACUAUGUCAGUCCAACAGGAGUGUCCGCCAUCGUCAAACAUUUCCUUAAGCAGUCAGCAGGGGCAGAGGUGUUCUUUGACCACCACGUUACCCACAUCUACCAGAAGGGCGCCAUCUGGGAGGUGUGUCGGAAGGGCGGGGCCCCGGAGCAGUUUGACGCCGUGGUCCUCACUAUGCCAGUACCGCAGAUCCUACAGCUGCAAGGAGACGUGGGCUCCUUGCUAGAGAAGAGUCAGCGGCAGCAGCUUGAGGCGGUGAGCUAUUCGUCGCGCUAUGCGCUGGGCCUCUUCUACAAAGCCCAGGCUCACAUCGACGUCCCCUGGGCCGCCAAGUACAUCUCCAAUAAUCCCUGCAUUCGCUUCAUCGCCAUUGAUGAUAAAAAGCGCAAUUUAGAAUCCCCUGAGUGCGGUACCUCCAUGGUGGUUCACACCAGUGUUCCCUUUGGUAUCAAACACCUGGAGGAGGCAAAGGAGCAGGUGGAGCCUCUCAUCCUGGAGGAGCUGAACAAGCUGCUGCCCGGCCUGCCACAGCCCGACAGCAUCAAAUGCCAGAAGUGGAGAUACUCGCAGGUGAGGAGCUCGGUGGCCGACUGCCCGGGGCAGAUGACGCUGCUGUCCCAGCCUCUGUUGGUGUGUGGGGGCGAUGGCUUCACGCAUUCCAAUUUCGACGGCUGUAUCGAGUCUGCCCUGAAGGUGUUUGACGUUCUGAAGCACUCUCUCUGAUGCCGCCUUCUGGGGUUGGGAGAAUAGUGUGGUGGGGUUCUAUGUGUACAGCAUGUUAGCCCAGAGAGGGUGGCAUGAAACUGAUCUGUUUUACAGAUUCCAUCCAUUCACAGAGAUGGGGGGGGAGUAAUGAUCGAUCUCUGUGAAUGGAUGGAAUCUGUUAAAACAGAUCAGUUUCAUCCAUUGAGGUACUUGAUAUGUUGUGUGACACUACAGUCAACACCAUAUGUAUUUGGACAGUGAAGCUACAAUUUAAAAUGUCUCUUUACUCCAGCAUUUUUGGAUUUGAGCGACAGUACAAAAUGUCACCUUUUUUUGGAGGAAAUGUUCAUAUAUAUAUCUGUUUUUACGGUUUAUGUAUCUAGUACCCCCAUUUGAAGAAGGCAUAAGUAUUCGGACAAAUUCACUAACAGUGUAUUAAAGUGGUCAAAAGUUUAGUAUUUGGUCCCAUAUUCAUAGCACACAGUGACUACAUCAAGCUUGUGACUACAAACUUGUUGGAUGCAUAUGCAGUUUGUUUUGGUUGUUUCAGAUAAUGUUUUGCCCAAUAGGAACUGAAUUUUGUGUCACUUUUAUUAUAAAUGUGGAUGAAUGCCAUAAUGAAUGGAUAAUUGUGAAUAAUGAUGAGUGAGAAAGUUAGAGGCACAAAGGUCGCCCCCCCCCCCCCCCCCCCCCCCCCC